GCCGAUGGACAGUGCGGGUCUAGAAAGCACCAUCAAGCGAUCGAUCUUGCCCUGUCUAAACGUCUUGUGUGGGACCUUCUGAUUCUCCAGCGCCGCUCUGCGGGGUGGAUUUCAAAUGACGCAAAGUCGUGUUUUGAUCGGGUCGUCCAUUGGGUUGCGGUGUUAGCUAUGAUGCGCCUGGCGAUUACUUGGAAUGCGUUGCGCAUGAUGUUUGACACUCUCGCAACGUCCACGCACCGAGUGCGGACAGGCUUUGGUGACUCUGAAGAGAGCUUUCAUCCCCCUUCCAUGGUACCAUUUCAGGGUUGCGGCCAGGGCAACGGAGCGGGCCCGCCCAUUUGGGUUUCGGUUAGCUCCGUCAUCAUCCAGAUGAUGACCGCGAUGGGCUUCGGCUUCGAAUGUCUCACCGCGAUUGAUUCUCAACUGAUCACCGCUCAGUGCUUCUGCUUCGUCGACGACACGGAUGUGAUCGAAGCGGGCAAGUCCGUGGAACAAUCUGGCGAGGAUAUAUGCCACUCCGUCCAACAAGCGGCUUCCACGUGGGCUGGAGGCAUUAGUGCUACUGGAGGGGCAAUUAACCCAGAAAAGUCCUUUUGGUGGUUGAUUGACUUUGUGUGGGACUCCAGAGAGGGCAAAUGGAGGUUCCGCCGGACGCACCAACUUCUACCGGAUCAUUCAUUACAAAUACCUGGACUGACUGGCGAAUUGGAAGCCUUACGCCGUCUGGAGCCGGAUGAGGCAGAGAAAACCUUGGGGGUCAUGUUGGCCCAAUUGGAAGAUCAACAGGCACGCGUCGCCCAUCUCAAGAGUAUCGCCAAAAAGUGGGCUGAGCAAGUGUGA